AUGGAAAUAAAGGAUGGCUUGAGUGCAGCUGUUCUGGAAGUUCUUGACAAAGAUAAUUACGUGGUUUGGAGUGCUCGGGUAAAAACCUAUUUAAUGGCUCAAGAUCUUUGGGAAAUAAUUGAAGAAACUACUGAACCUCCUAAGCAAGCAGAUGAUGAAGCUGCUUGCAAGGCUUGGAGUAAGAAGAAUUCCACGGCUUUACAUGUGCUCCAAGUUUCAUGCGGGUCGGACGUAUUGUCUAUGAUUAGGAAGAUUGGUUCGGCUAAAAUUGCAUGGAAUACUUUGGCAGUUAUUCUUCAAGUUCUUAAGAAAGAUAAUUAUGUGGAUUGGAGUGUUCGGGUAAAAAACUAUUUGAUGGCCCAUCAUCUUUGGGAAAUAAUUGAAGCAACAACCCAACCUCCAAGGCAAGAAGAUGAUGAAGCUGCUUUUAAGGAUUGGAGUAAGAAGAAUUCCAUGGCCUUACAUAUAAUCCAAAUUUCAUGUGGACCGGACUCAUUUUCUGAGAUUAUUGGGAUUGGUUCCACAAAAGUCGCUUGGGAUAGGUUGGCAAAAAGCAACCACCCAACCUCCAAAGCAAGAUGA